AUGACUACAGAGAAUAGAGAGAGCAAUAAUAGUCUGGAAGACGAAAUUGCAGCUGAAGAUAGGAUGGUCGAUGCAGGUGUGGCUAGCCAAAAUAAACGCCGCAAGAACAAAGAGGAGAGGGAGGAGAGGGAGAGGCAGGAAGAGGAAGACCGGAAAGCAGCGGCAAUCCAACAGUCCUUGGAUGCUGCUGUUUCUAGCAAGCAGAGACGGAAGAAGCGUUGA